GUCCUGGCUCACCCUGGUGUUGUUGGGGCGGCCGGGGGAGCUGGUGCUGGCCGGUAUCUCCCACGUGACUCUGACCGAGGGCUCAGGCGAUGGGCCCCCAGGACCCUGGCUAGCAUUUACUUGGGCUCGCGAAGGGCGGCGGCAGUCCCUUUACUCCCCCCCCUUGUCCUCCCAUCACCUCCCUUCAGCGUGUAAACACCAGCGCGUGACUCGAAUGACUUGCAAGCAGCUUCACCAACUUGGAAAAUUUGCUUCUUCCGUAAACAUCUUUCCCGCCUCUAAGCGUUGUUCUUCCCAAAUCUUUCAGCGUCAGAUUGGGCGAGAGGCGUGUUUAAAAAUAAAACUUCCUUUAGGUGCUGUUUAUUUUGGGAAGGACAAGUUUACGUCACUUUCGGAGGCUUCAUAUCCCUUGCGAUCAUUUAAUUGCUGGAGUAACCCUACAAAACAAAAUGUGUUCAACGAGUCUUAGAAUUUAAAACUCCUAUGAGGCAUAAAGGGCGGCGGCUGACGGCGCGAUGGACCUGGCUGGGCUCCUGCUGGACGAAGAAGGCACUUUCUCCCUCACUGGCUUCCAAGACUUCACGUUCCUUCCAGGACACCAGAAACUAAGUGCUCGAAUCCGAAGGAGACUGUACUAUGGCUUGGACUUGGAGACUGACUGCAGCCUGGAGGAGCUCUCCAGCCCCGUGGCAGACAUUGCUGUGGAACUGCUUCAGAAGGCAGCACCCAGCCCUAUUCGACGACUCCAGAAGAAAUAUGUAGCUCAUGUAUCCCGGGAGGCUUGUAUCUCCCCUUGCGCUAUGAUGCUAGCUCUGGUGUACAUUGAGCGGCUCCGGCACCGAAACCCAGACUACCUGCAGCAUGUAUCAUCCUCUGACUUGUUUCUGAUCUCCAUGAUGGUGGCCAGUAAAUACCUCUAUGACGAAGGGGAGGAGGAGGAAGUCUUCAAUGAUGAAUGGGGAGCUGCUGGGGGAGUGGCUGUGCCUACUCUCAAUGCCUUGGAAAGGGGCUUCCUGAGUGCCAUGGAUUGGCAUCUCUACACUGACCCUCGGGAGAUUUUUGAGGUUCUGAAUUGGCUGGAGAGCAGCGUGGCUGAACAGCAAGGACGUCGGCGGGGCUGGUAUACCUAUACAGACCUGUGUGUGCUGCUAGAGCAGCCAGCAUGGCAGCUGUCUCUUGGUUCCCUCUGCCAGCAACUGGUGAAGUUGUCCUGCCUGUUGGCUGUGGCAUAUGUGAGCAGUGUGGCCCUGACCGUGGCAUCAAUGGCUGUAAUACACCAGUCCUUGGGGCUAUCCUGCAGCCCCCCACCAGGCCCUCCUGACCUCAGACUUGUCCCUAAAGCCCUCUUGGAGCCCUGCAUACCUUCUGUGCCACAGUGCCUACCAUCUACUACUAAUGUCUCCAGCUGCCUGGAAUGUAGCACAGGGCUUCGUUCACUCUGGGGCAGUCUUCUGGCCUCACUGACACCCCCUCCACUGCCUCCCCCAGACCCUCCUGCCCCACCUACUCUUCUCCAUAACUGCCCCUUUUGCCAGAAGCUCCAGAGAAACCUCCCAAACUGCCGUACCUGCCACCACCCUAAUCGUACCAUCUCUGUUGGUUCUUCUCGCCCCUUUUACCAUACCCAUGGCCUAGCCCCACCUUGGCUUUGGAGUCCUGAGGUCCCUCCAUUCGUCCAACCCCAACAGUGUUCCCUUUUUAGUGUCAUGGAGUUGGCCCGCCUCAAGUCUUUCAUUUUCCCAGGUUAGGAAGGACUCUGAUGAAUGCAUUUAGAGGGCUUGGGAGUCCCCAAGAGCCUGGAAGAGGAGAAACUUGAUUUAGAUUUUUGCCACCUCUCUGGGUCCUUGGCUAGUCCCGUCCUCCUAGGUAGGAUCAUACAGGGUUGUGGGGCAGGACAAGGUCAUUCUCUUGGACCUCAGAGGCUAGCUGGUAGACCAGGAUACUGAUGGUGUCUGAUACCUUCAGCUCAGUGACCCGGGGCAUGUCACAGAUGACAGAAGCACCUAUCUCUGCCUCCCCAGAGUUCAUCUAGACAUUUGUUUUUAAGUUUCCUAGGAUGGAAAGGUGUAAAGGUGGGAGGUAGAGGAAGUAGGGUGAAGGGAGGAAGAAAGCAUUGACAUGGGCCUGUGUGAUGUCCCUGUAGCAGGAAAACCAGGGACUGAUGGUGCCCAGGUGGGAGCUAAGGGAAGGCUUCCUGUGGUGGGAAAACUUGCCACACCCAUCCCUUGGAUGUAGUCUUUACAGCCAAGGAUUAGUGUGUCUUUCAACCGUGUCCUUUUGUCUUCCGACCUUAGUUCCCUGCUCCAAGGCUUCCCUCUCUUCUGGUUCCUCUCCAGGUGUUCUUUUCACAGGUCUCUGGCUACAGCUUUGUAUCUGGGUUUUUCACACUUUUUGUAGAACUGAGGUUUCAAUAAACAGUUUCUGUUGCAUG